AUGAUUUUCACUAUUGUCCUUGAAGGCAGGACUCAUGGAUCACAGUCUGGUGGUGUGCAUUCCAUUCCUCUUCCUGCCCAUCCCUUACCACAAAAGGUUUCUGAGUGUACAGCUGAGAAAAUUUUUCCCAUUAACACAGCCUUUCUGUUUGUGCUCUCAGGUGAGCUUUCUGUGGAAGACACUCAGGAUCCCUUCCUCGUCAGCGUCCAUGUUAUCACUGACCCAGGUGAGUCCAAAGCCCUCCAGGAAGCCAUUGACAAGGUGUUGGCUUGGAUCCACCCAGAUCUCCAGCUUUUCCGUGUGUCCGAAAGGAGAGUGGCUAGGAAACGGAAGAGGCAGAACAAAACUUCCCAGCCGGCCCUUGCUAUUGUUCUCUUCCUACAGGAGGAAUACGGAGAAGAGCAAAUCUUGGAACUCCAUGAAACUUUUCAGAGGCCCCCGUGGCACUACCACCACACAGAGCGAGUCCAUGGCAGGUUCCUCCCCUAUCUACCCUGCAGUCAGGACUUCUUCACUCUGGCCCCAGGAACCCCACUGUGGGCGAUCCGGCCAGUGCAUUACGGAAAAGAAAUUGUCCGUUUCACCAUCUACUGCAAGUAUGAGAACUUUGCUGACAUUCUGAAGCUCUAUGAGCUGAUCCUGAAAAGGAACCCAAGUCAGAGGAAGUCAGACUUCUGCAUUUUCCCCAUUUAUUCAAAUUUGGAUGUGGAUAUCCAGUUCUCUCUGAAAAGACUCCCCAGUGGCCAGCUACCGGUGCCCACAGACUCCUCUGUGCUAGAGUUCCGAGUGAAGGAUAUUGGGCAGCUCGUCCCUCUUUUGCCCAAUCCCUGUAGUCCAAUAAGUGAAGGAAGAUGGCAGACCGAAGAUCACGAUGGGAACAAGAUUCUUUUGCAGCUAGGAGAGCGUUGCAUCUGUUUCACAGCUGACGAGUCCCAGAUGAAUUGCAACAAUGGCACCCCAUCACUGAAUGAUUUACAAUGA